UCUGUCGUGUGUUGCAGGUUGUAGGUUGCAGUGUGUUUGUUAAAAUUUUCAUCCUUUACCGAAUAUAAUUAAUCGAAAAAAAUGUCAGCGUGGAGACAGGCAGGAUUGAAUUACAUCCAAUACUCUCAAAUUGCAGCUAGGUUAGUCAGGCAAGCCUUGAAAGUCGACUUGAGGGUAGAGGCUGCUAAACGUGAUGAAGUUAAUGUGAAGUUCACUGAAUGGAAAGAUGGGAAAGCCAUCACUGAAAAAAUGUGAUCGUAAUGAUCAGUAAGUGAAUGUUUGGAAUCUAUCAUUAAAAAAUGUUUUUAAUAAUGUCUUCAAUAUA